AUGCAGCACUGUGGCACGGCUGCCCAGCUCGCCAGCUUGGGUUUCAGCUCACCCUCCUCCUCCUCCUCCUCCUCCUCUGUCGGGAGCAAUGAUGACCCUGGCACGGAUUCCAGUACUUUUUAUGGAAAGAGGAGAACACCUGCUCUACCUAUUCCUGAGAGUAGUGAAGACAGUGAGGGCAGCAGCUCAGAUGAUGAGAUUAUAAUAAAUGUGAAAACAGGACAGGAUGAGAUAUACAGUGAUUCAAGUGAGCAGAGUGAGGCUGAAGAUGAGGGUCAGGAUGAAGGUCAGUCAGGGUCAGAAAGUCGUAGGUUGCUAUGGAAGACUCCUGCUCGUGUCCACUAUCCUGCACCAGUGUGGAUAGGUCAACUUCCAUCAGUGUCAGAGGUCCUCACUCCAACUGAAUACUUCAGACAGAUGUUCACCCCUGAGUGUCUUCGGCACAUUGUUGAACAAUCUAAUCUGUACUCUGUGCAAAAGGAUGUCAACUCACCGCUGAAUUGCUCUGAGAAGGAGUUCGAGCAGUUUAUUGGGGUUGCUUUUCAUAUGUCUAUCUAUGGGAUCCCAGCAACACGAAUGUGCUGGCAGGCUGGCACACGCAUUGACAAGAUUGCAGAUGUAAUGCCUAUGAGAAGAUGGGAGCAAAUCAAAGCCAACAUUCACUUCAAUGACAACAGUCUGGACCUUAGCCCCUCAAACCCAUGCAGAGAUCCACUCUUCAAGUUGAGGCCCUUGCUCAAUUUUGCUCUUGACACCAUGAACAACAUUCCAAUGGAUGAACAUCUCAGUGUAGAUGAGCAAAUAAUUCCUUACAAAGGAAAGAGUCGCCUGAAAUUGUACAACCCAAGCAAGCCCCAUAAGUGGGGUUACAAGGUAUAUUUACUCUGUGACUCCAAGGGCAUUGCAUACAACUUUGAGUUCCAUACAGGCAAGAUCCAACCAGUGAUUGGAAUGCCAGACCUUGGUGCCAGCAGCAACAUAGUCCUGAGAGUGGCAUCCAUUGUACCACAAGGGCAGAACUUCAAGCUAUAUCAUGACAACUGGUUCACAAGCACAGGCCUUGAAAUGGAAAUGGCAAAGAAGAAGAUAUACUGUCUUGGCACAGUGAGGGCCAACAGACUGAAGGGUUGUUCACUGAAAAGUGACAAGGAUCUGAAGACAAUUGGUCGCGGCGCUUUUGAUGAGAAAGUAGCCACUUUUGAGGGUGGGCAGCUCAUUGCAGGCAAGUGGCAGGACAACCGCACAGUGACAAUGCUGAGCACAUUUGCAGGGGCCUAUCCAACUUGCAAGGUGAAGAGAUGGGACAGGAAGCUGAGUAAGGUCACAGAUGUACAAUGUCCAUCCUCUGUUGUGACCUACAAUAAGAACAUGGGAGGGGUGGACUUGAUGGAUUCAUUGAUUGCCCUGUACCGCACAAAGAUAAGAUCUCGAAAGUGGUACUUGCGCAUCUUCUUUCAUCUCAUGGACAUGCUCUGCGUAAAUGCAUGGCUUUUGUACCGCAGAGACUAUCAUGCAUGUGUCCAAAAAGGAAAAGAAGAGCUUGGUCUGAGAGAGUUCAAGUCAUCAGUGGCCGAAGUGCUCUGUAAGCAAGGAUCAAGCAGUCAGCUAAAGCGUGGCCGGCCGAGCUCUGAGAGUUCUGACAUGAGACGGCAGAAAAAGAGGGAAACAAAGCCCCAACAGGAAGUCAGGAAAGAUGGCAUGGCUCACUGGCCAUACUAUUCAGACAAGCAAGGACGUUGCAAGAAACAUGGAUGCACAGGCCAAACCAGACAGCCUCUUGGCACUGACAAAAGCUGUCAUUCCUCCAUGAAGUCGGAGUGUGCCAGCCAACAGCUGCAGGGCUCAAGCUUGUCCAGCAGUGCUGCCGCCUGCCCAUUAGUGCAAUCCCACAGGCCGCUGGGCCACCGGGGGGCCAACGUGGGGCAAGUAAGGCUGAGGAGCCUGAGCCACCAGGGGCCAAAGCCCGUCAAUGCUGCCAUUGUUUCCUGA